AUGGUUAGAAGAUCAAGCCGACUUAGUGUAAGUAUUAUUUUCUGGUUACAAAUCUGAAUGUUUGAAAAUUCUUUCAAAAGUGUCAUUGAAUUUUUUUUUAGAAAAAAAUCAAAUCAAUUGUUUUCCAAAAGAAAUUACAUACCAUAAUUCAUCGGAUUUUUUUCAGAAAUCCACUAACUCACAGAAUGAUGCUGCAGAUCAAGGAUCUAGUUCGUCACAGAAACCUGAAACAUCGAACGAAGCUGAGGGAAAUCCAACUCUUGAAAAUGAAUUGGGCGUUGAUUCGAACAGAGAACAAGCAAGUUCGACAAGAAGAUUGAGGCAAAGAAGGGUUGUUCGAAAUGCAACAAAUAUUGAUAAUGCGGCCCAAGUGAGUUUAUUCUCCAAAUUUCAAUCUGAUGAAUUUGAAAUAAUGAGCCCAUGCAGAUUAAAAUUUUGUAAUAAAAAACACAAUGCAAAAAGUGAGUAGAGACAACGUGAAAUUGAGAGAUCAGAGAGAGAAUAAUCAAUUUUUCCAACAAAAAAUUGUCUGUCUGCGCACUCUCAAUUUCGUGUUGUCUCUACUCGAAAUCAACUGUAUAUUUUGUUUUUCGACGUUAGGAAAAAUUAGUUCCAGGAUUUCAACCAGGAUUUUCAAUGAACGAGAAAAAUUGUUCAAUUUUAAUUUUCAGAUUCCAACAAGUUCGAGUCGAAAACGCUCGAGAAGUGCUCAAUCAAACUCUGAAGUUGCUCCAAAAAUUGGCCGAAAAGCAGCAGAGGAAAACCAACAAAACGGCGAAGAAGUUCAAAAUUUGGAAGAUGAAGGAGAUCCGGAAGAUGAGUUUAUUGAAUUUGAGGAAGAUGAAGAGGAGGGAGCUGAAAUUAAUGCUGAAUUUGUUCGGGUUAGUUUAUUUGAUAUAUAUUAUUUGCAUGAUAAAUCUGAAUUAUUUCAGCGCUUUUUGACUCGUGCCAUGGACCGAAACCCACGUAUUUUUGGAGAUGUUUUAAAUCCUGAUCAUUUGGUGGUAAGUUUUGUUUUCUGAAUUCAAUUCUUCUCAUAAAAACUUCAAUUAUUUCAGGAAUAUACAAUGGAAUAUUUUACCCAAAAUCCGAAUGUUUUUCGACGUGUUUGUUGGAAUUUAGAGGCGCUAAAACAAUGGUGCAAUCGCCAAUUUGUCAUGGGUGUUGCGAAUUGGAUUGAUUUUAACAGAGAUCCGGAAAGUAGUCAAAUUGAAGAUCUCAAUCAAGGAAAAUAUGAAGUGGAAAUUGGAGGUAAGCAUUCGUGCAUUAUUUAAAAAAAACAUAUUUUCAAUGUUUUUCCUUUUUCCAACAAUUUUUUUCAGAGGAUGGUACCUUCAUCGCAACUCCAUUGGAGCCGUACCCGGCAAUUUUUCCACAACAUAUCAAUCAACGGCUCCAAGAACGAGAAGAUAUGCGCCAAGAUUUUGCCGAAGCGAGAGAAUUGGUUAGUCCUGAAUCGAAUUUUGAAAUUAGUUCUAGACUUUUUCUUUUCUCGCUUUCCAAAUUUCAACUGAAAUUUCAAAAUUUCGCUAGAAUCAAGCUUUUCCAAUUUUUGAUAAAAGACUCUUAAGCUAAACAUCCACAGAGAAUCUUAAACAUUUUUUUCAAACUCAAAUGUUUUCAGAUCCGCGCUAGAAGCUUUAAAGAGAUGAUGGAUCAUAUGGUUGAAAGAAACCGGCGACGCCGAGAAGAAUUGGAGCGCAUGAUGAGAGGUCGGGUUUGA